AUGCCAGCUGGCGUAGCAGAUCAUUAUGCGAUACCAGUGGCGGCCAUUACCACUGCUGGGCUAGCGGUCGUCAGCUAUUUCGUGUAUCACAGAUUUCGAAACCAAAAACCCGCCUCGGCGAAGAAGGUCUCGGUGGGAGCAGUUGAAAUACCCGACGAUGAUGCGCAUAAAAUAUACAUUUACUUUGCGUCGCAAACUGGCACGGCUGAAGGCUUCGCAAACGAGCUCUCUGAAGAGGCCCAAGAGAUGGGUCUCCAUACGGAAGUCAUCGACUUUGAGGAAUUCGAUCCGGACACGUUCGUUGAGCAUAAGAACGUCAUCAUAGUAGCUGCCACCUAUGGUGAAGGGGAUCCGACUGACAACGCCUCUGAGUUUGCCAAUUGGCUAUCGAAAGACGCCCAGCCGGGCUGUUUGGCAGAUAUGAAGUUCACCGUGAUGGGUCUCGGUAAUAGACAGUACGUUCACUUCAACCAUUUUGCGAAGGAAAUCGACUCCAAGUUGGCAGACCUCGGCGCAACUCGGAUUCACGAUCUCGGUUUGGGAGAUGAUGACGCGGACAUCGAUGAAGACUUCGCUAAGUGGAAGGACGAGGGCCUGUGGGAUGCUGUCAUGGCGAUGAUGAUGGGCGUUCGAGGGCGUACUGCCUCUAGCGCUUCUGUUGACGGGAAGAGGGAGCUGCCAGACGUGAGGAACAAGUUGAAUCUUGUUGCGCAUUUUGAGAAGACUAAGAGUAGCCUGCCUUAUGAUGCUACAGUGCAUGGUGGUGGAAUGGAUGUUAUUUCCAAGUUUUACUUCACCGCUGAUGAGGCUACUGUGAAGGACAUAAGAGAGCUUCGACAAGAACCCGUGCCUGAGGAGGGGUUGACGACAGUCCAUUUGGAUGUCGACAUAUCGUCCUUGCCAACAGCUCGGUAUAGAACGGCUGAUAACUUGGAAAUUCUCCCACGGAAUCCCGAAUGGGAGGUCCAGGCUAUUGCUGAACGGUUUGGGUGUGAAGACAUGCUCGAUAUGUAUGUGGGCUUCACGAGAACGUUGGCGUGCACUAAGACUAUCGUCAAGAAACCCUUCCCGACGCCUUGUACUCUUCGAGAUGCUCUCACACUGUAUUGCGAUCUGAAUGGUCACCCUACGAAGGCGUUUACUAGGGAUAUGUGCUCUACUGAGGGAGGGGCGUUGGAUCCAGAUGAGCUGAUGAUGAAGUGGAAGGGAGAACUUGUCACUGUUACGGAGGUUACCUGUGAGACCUUCAGGGCCUCGCCAAUAAGCAUGGGAGAGUUUCUCCAAAUAGUCCCGAGGCAGAAGUGUCGGGCUUAUACCAUCUCUUCGUCAAAUCUCGAGCAUCCGAAGAUGAUAUCGACCACUGUUGGUCUAAUACACCAUGCAAGGUCCGACAAGGGUCCCUUUAGAGGAGUCACUACUCAGCAUCUCUGCACCUCGGUUAGACCUGGUGACAAGAUGUGGGUGCAGGUCCGGGCGUCGAGCUUCCGACUGCCAGCGAAUCCGACCGCGCCUAUCAUCAUGAUAUCAGCGGGGACGGGCAUUGCUCCGAUGCGAGCGUUCAUGAGAGAGUUCACGAUCAAGCCCCGACCGGCUGCGAAGAAGAUUAUGUUGUUCGGCUGUCGCUACCGGGACAAGGAUUGGAUCUAUGCUGAUGAGACUAAGAAGUUUGCGGAGGAGUCGGGGUGCAAAUUGUUCACAGCGUUUUCCCGGGAUCAAGCUGAGAAGAUCUACGUUCAGGAUCUGAUCGCAACGACUGCCAAGGCUGAUCUUCAAGAGGCUCUGCAAGGUGACGCUUAUGUGUUCAUAUGCGGUAGUCAGUCCAUGGGUCGAAGUGUUAUAGAAGCACUUGGCAGGAUAGGCGCAGAUGUGGACAAGAUGAGGGCAGAAAAGAGAAUAGUGGAGGAGUUGUGGGGCUGA